AUAAAACUGAUUAGAAUAAAAUUGUUCUCGACAUUGUUUCUAAACGGACCAUUUACAGAACAGGAAUGACCGGAAACAGAUAAGACAACAGCAACAACACACUGGUCAAGGACUAACUACACGAAAUCGCAUAGAUAAUCUAACAACAACAAAAGUGUAUGUUACUUUAUUCGACUUUUUAACGAAAAUAAAGACUGGUAGGGCAUACUCCUAGGUUCUACAUACCAAAGGACCCAGUAAGGAGUCAGUAUGUUCAGUUUUUUCGGAAAUCGUAAUAAAGACUCUUCCAAGAAGUCAUCGUCAGAGGGUGGUACAGAUGGGUUCGUGAUAAUAGGAGAAACUGUGGAAGAACAGAGGAAGACGACCCAGAACGCGAACAUCGGCAAACCAUCAUGUAACGUUAUUGUGCAACCAUCAAAGUCCUCCAGUACCACACCUACCCAGGCCCACCACUCUCCAGCCCCUGCUCCACCUUCAGUGAUCGCCCCAUCACCAGGACCUAUGUGGAAGCCCCCCGCACCCAUAGUGGAGGCAGCACUGUCUCUCCCAGAGCUACUAGGAGAUGUCCCAUUCACCCUGGCCCCCCAUGUUUUGGCCAUGCAGACAGGGGGUCCUGGGUUCCCCCUCUUCUCUGAGAUGCUGAUGUCGCCCCAAGACAUCAACCACAACCUGGCCUCCUUCACCUAUGACUUCACCCUGGAGAACUCUGUGCUCUGUGACCAUUGACCUGUAGAUUGACUUGCUGACUAUGACCGCUGACCUUUUGAUCUGUCAACCUCCCCUCCAAUACCAGCCCUACGUCAACCCUGGGUCGUGUUCAUUGGGCAGCAAACAGAUGAAAACGUACUGAAACAAGACGGGACUACCUGUGCCUGUCCAAUAAGAAAGUCACAUGUUUGUUUUCCAAAGUGUUUAGCUACGUUUGCCCUACUGAACACUACCUUGGACUGUCUUGGCUCGUUACCAAUCAGGUUUAGUUUCAGUCUGAGAAUGGUAGUACUAUAAUUAAUGGGAAACCUGGUUAUUGUGAUGAUCAGAGUUAGAAAACAGGUGUGAGUCAGUUGGGGUCAAAACUGCACCUGCCGGCAGUGAUGUAGGUUACACACAGUAUGUAGGUAGAUGGGUUCGCAGAGUUCCACCAUUAAGAUUGUAGACUACUAGUUCAAGGUGAAUCACUUUCUGAUGCGCCUGUCAUAGUAGUGCUGGUUCACUGUUUUAAGAACGGUGUGUAUCAGAAGAGCGCUAGCUUCAUGUCUGACUGGCAUGCUUCAUCAUAGCUUUGUGUUUCAUUUGAACAGUGUCUGGGUCUGUAGAUUCACCUGUUGUUGCUGUUAGUUUAGAAGUCACUGAUUGACCUUUGGGUUUGCACUAAUGUACGCAUGAGACAGAUUUCAGAUAGUUUUCAAAUCUUAGAAAGGAAAUUACACGUAUUCUUUAUUUGGUUACGAUGUUUUCUCUCUGCUGUCCUCACUUUUGCCCAUGAAGUUAAGAACGCUUUAACAAAACAUUUGAAAAAAGUGUUUGUGUAGCAUAAGCAUUUCUAUAGAGGAACUAUGUAGCUUUCUGAUCUAUUUUAACCUGUAAGAAUAUAUAUCCCCUAUUUUUCAACAUGUAUUAUCAGGACUCACUCGAUAUGGUGACUCUUAUGUGGCCUUUCUCUCUUGAUCAUCAUCAGCAUGGCUCUAAUGAACGCAUCAUGUGUUGUAACUUUCCCAAACGUUGUAUUUAUUGUUAUUUAUUCUGAACCAACCAAGUUUCCCCCAGUCUUCAUGGCACAGUUUAGAUUUGACAGUGUUUCAAUGUAUCCUGUCACAUAUACUGCAUUCAUUGCACACUGGCGAACAAAUGAUCUUGUGAACACACAUAUGUUCAGUUACCUCUGACUGCUGUACAAAUGUGAGGGGGCAAGAAAAUACCAAUUAUAUAUAGUUAAAAUACUUUUUAGGACUAUUAUUUGAAGGAAACUCCCUAUGGGUUAACUCCUAAGACAACCACUCAAGAACCCGAAAAGAUGACUCAUAAGUUGCUGUUAUUUUCAGUGCCAUGUUGUGGUAUUCCACAUCAUGUGAAAUCAUCCAUAGAGGCUGCAUUUACACACACAGCCAAAUGAUUCUUUCUUUGAUCAGUUCUUUUGCCAAUAAUUGUGAAAGAAAAUCUGAAUUGGGCUGCAUGUGUAAUCGCAGCCUUACUACUGCAUACAUUAUGAAAUAUUUGGGAUUUACCCUGUCUGGACAAUCCUUUGCUGUGCAUACCUGGAAACCAAGGGUAUUUAUAUCUGUCUGUGUUAAACAAUACUGUGGAUUUCCCCAGGCCUCUUCCUCUCUUUGUAAUUCAAUCACUGACCUAUAACAUAGCAUUUUUAAAUUAUUUUUUAUUCACCGGCGUGGAAGGCUACAGUUGUUUGCUUUGUAUUUUGGGGGGGGAUUUGAGUUUGAGUAACUUAAUUUAUUUGGUUUACUUGGAUGUGUUUUGGGGGUUUAGUUACGGUGUGGUUAAUUUGUGGUUGUUGUGCAUGUUUGCUAUUAACAAUACAUUGUUUUCAUUUAUCUUGUCAUUUUUAACUGAGGGGGUUUCUCUAAAGAUGGUUGACCUGUAAAAUCGUGAGUACUGUGUUUUUAUUAGUAGUAGCUGGUACAUAGGAAAUACAGCACAUUCGGAAA